AUGGCCGACAUCUUCAACUUACUCCCGCAACACCGGGUAUAUCCAUUUUUGUCGCUUUCCAGAAGCAUCAACAACCUUGUAUACCACAGAUUGCUCCGUAAAGUGUUUGUCCUCAAGAAAGGGUACGCCCCGCUUCUUGUGGAUGACAUCGACGACUUGUUAGAGUGGCUGUACUUUUCCGAAGCUCAAUUCCUCCACAUCCAAAGCACCGGCCGUCCGUGGCCGGCACUGGUGACCAUCAUUGACGUGCAUAAACGGCAUUUUCGUGCCAAUGAUACCAUGGAUCAGUAUGCUGGCCCCGAACGCACCUACUUCACCUACCACGAAAUCAAGGCCACCACUCUCCUCAAAUUUGUCGUCGAGAGCGUCCCUACCACCCUCCCUUAUCUUUCCCGUCUCACGGUAACGGAAGGGAUCGAGGUGGAGCCCUUGGCCAAGAAAAUCAGAGUGGACAAUCUUCUGAUCGAGGGCGAGGUGAUUAAUAUUGACCAGUGGGUCGACUUGUCGUCGGUGAAACAAUUGUCGCUUGUGUGUGCCUACAGACCGGAACCCGACAACAUCUACUACGCGGCGAGGCAGCUCACAAACUUGCAGGACUUGUUUGUGGCUGAUAAUGGCACCCACAUCCCCAAGUUCAAGAAGUUCCCCCGUACCAUCAAACGCUUAGUGUUAUCUUGGUCCAGAGUCACCGACUUUGCCGCGGUCCGGUUCGCAGAGCAUCUUGAGUACCUCGAAAUUGGACUUGGUGCUGGCCACCAAAACUGGCCGCGGCGAUUCGUCGAGGAGGCCCACGUCCCCGUCAAGUGCCGCUACAUGUACGAACGGACCUUCCCAAAACUCAAGUUCUACGUCAACCACGGCCUCAUGUUCCGAGUCGAUCGUGCCGAAGACGGGACCAUCACCCACACCCCCCUCAACAAGUACUGCCCCUGCACCCGGCCUAAGCAUAAUAAUUGUGUCCUCACAUAUCCUAAGAAAAAUGACGAUUGGGACCCAGAGACCUACCUAGCAUCAGAUAACGCGGACGAAGAACCAGAGGCUGCGGACGAAGAAUCAGAGGCCACGGUCCAAGCAUCAGAGGCCGCGGAAGAAGCAUCAGAGGCCGCGGAAGAAGCACCAGAGGCUGUGGACGAAGCACCAGAAGCUGUGGACGAAACACCAGAGGCUGGGGAAGAAGCACCAGAGGCUGGGGAAGAAGCCGGUCGUACAUCGAUCGAAGACCAAGCAUUAGAGGCCACGCAUCAAGAAUCAGAUGCCGCUGACCAAGGGCCAGAGGCUGUGGAAGAAGCAUCAGCGGCUGCAGAUGAAGCAUCAGAGACUGCGGACCAAGCGCGAGAGACAGCGGACGAAGCCAGUCCUACACUGGUUGGAGACGUUUGA